AAUCACUCCGUUAUUCGGCAUAAAAGAAAGUGAAACUGAAGCGUCGUCGCACGUAAAGUACCGUUAUUCGAAAAAUAUUGUACUGCAGAAGUGUUUUCUCGUUUUUUCUUGAUAUUUUAAAUAAAAUAAUCGCGUUUCAAAUGUGAAAAUCCGGCGCCCCGAUGCCAAAUCGUUAUCCCUACGGACGUCAACCUCCUCGCCCCAGAAUGAAUGGCCACUUCAAGAUCCCAAUGGUGCCAUCGCAUAGGCCGACUCUUUCGGCUGGUGGCACAUCAAAAGCUUCAUCCGCUUCGACACCAACAUCGUCAAGGUCAGUGACACGUCCCCGUCCCGGUAACGGUUGGCUGAAGGUUUCCGGUAGGUCAUCCGCCAGUAUUGACUGUGCGCAACGGCCGAACAACUCUGCUGCGAAGACGGUUGUGCAAUCCGUUCCGGCUGUUGGGAACUCGACGAAGAAUCUGAUGGACAUGGAUAACACCCUCCUAAACGCGGUCGAUCUGGAGGUCAUCGAAAAGCAAUCGAGUCCAUCGGUUGUUGAACUUCCGCCGGGUGGACAUCAACGUCGGUUGGAUGAAGUGUCGAAGGAUGUAACGUGUUCUCAUCUUGGGAACAGAACAGUGACAAUACCAAAAAUGAAGCGUCCUUUUCCCUCACUUGGUGAGUCUCACGCUGCAAAGAAACGCCAUUCUGGACUAAUAGUGCUCGAUAUGACGAAACCUUCAAACGAUGAUUCCGCCCCAAACUUCAGUGGCAUAAAUCAAACCCGUACAAUCACAAACCAACAAAACACCUCAACCAUCGUAGUUCAAAAUAAACAACCUGAGAUACUUCCACGAUCGACGAUGAUUCCCAAAGAGCCCACGGUGGAGCUGUUUGAUUGGGAUUCGCAAGCCUUCUGUUCACAACUCGAUCGAAUCGCCAGCUACGAUGAUAAUCGGAAAACUACACCCGAAGAACCCGCUUCCGAAGAUUGCGAUGAAAUUCCCUGCUAUCAGGAAAUAAACGUUUCCAUCGAGGACGAACCCUCGAGCUGCUCUCAACUGUUUAUGGAGGAAGUGGCUCGAGAGCCGAACCGCCCCCUCACCCAGCAGCAGAAUUUCCAGAUGCAGCGUGAUCACAGCACCUACUCGCAGUACAUUCGGAACGAGUAUACGAUGUUGGAGGAGAACCGAUCGAAUGUGAUCGAUGACCAGGUGGACACGCAACGCGUACGGGAGUUCGAUUCCAGCCAGCGCCGAACAGACGUGGAGGAUGAUUUCAAAAUAUGUGAGCAGAAUUUGGCCGACAUGAGCAAUAUUAACUGGGAUGAAAGCGUGGCUGGAGUGCGGCCCCCGGUCGCCGCAUCGACCAAGGUUCCGCUGGGCAGUAUUUUUGGCAAACUGGAUGGAAGGAACGGACGAGUGACAGAGGAGUCUCCAAAGCGGGUGGCGAGGAAAUCGGCACCAUUGGUUUCGUCGCACUUCCAGAGCCUGGGCCCCUUCUAUGGGCUGCCGAAUAAGAUAAGGGAUUUGCUGAAGGAGUUCCGUGGUAUUACGGAGAUGUAUGAUUGGCAGAAGGAAUGUCUCUCGCUGCCUGCCAUUGUUGAGCGAACCAACCUAAUUUAUGCCCUCCCAACCAGCGGCGGUAAAACCCUCGUUGCCGAAAUCAUCAUGUUCCGCGAAGUUCUACUCCGCCGACGAAGCGUCAUGUUUAUUGUGCCGUACGUCUCCCUGGCCCAGGAAAAACUGACCGCCCUGUCUCCCUUCGCCGUGGCGAUGGAAUUCCUCGUGGAGGAGUACAGCGGCGGAAAAGGAAUGAUACCACCCCGGAAGCGACGGAAAAAGCAGUCUAUCUUUGUGUGCACAAUCGAGAAGGCACUCGUGCUGCUGGACAGCCUAAUCGAGGCCGAUCGAGCUAACGAAAUUGGACUGCUGUGCAUCGAUGAACUGCACAUGAUCGGAGAGCCCAAUCGAGGGGCUAACCUAGAGGCGCUGAUAACCAAAACGAUUGCAAUCCAGGCAGGAAUUCAGAUCGUUGGAAUGAGCGCCACGAUCGGUAAUUUAGGAGAGAUCGCAAAGUUUAUGUCGGCGGAUAUUUUUAGUCAGAACUUCAGACCAGUCGAGUUGAAAGAAUUUGUAAAAUGUGGUGAUGACCUUCUAGAGAUUAAACAUGGAGCGAAAACUUUGCAGGAAGCUUUUCUGAAUAAGAAAACUGUGAAUUUUGGGUAUUCCGAUGUGCAUCUCCGAAUUGAUCCAGAUCACGUGAUAGGACUGUUACUGGAAACCUUUCCACAAGAUCCCUGCUUAAUCUUCUGUCCUACGAAGCGUCAAUGUGAACAGCUGUGUUCGCUUCUGGUUGAGCAUUUAUCUCCGGAAAUAGCCGAGUUUCGUGCCAGUGAACGGCGUGCAUUGAUUGAACUUCUGGCGCACGAUGGAUCGACGGCAACGCUGUUACCAGCGGCAUUUCGAUUGGGGAUCGCAUAUCAUCACUCUGGAUUAACAUUCGAUGAACGCAAACUGAUCGAGGAUGCCUUCCGCGCGAAGGUGCUUUCGUUGAUCAUCUGCACAUCAACGCUGGCAGCCGGAGUCAAUUUACCGGCCAAACGAGUGAUCAUUCGAUCGCCAUUUAUAGCUACAAGUUUCUUAACUCUCAGCAGGUACAAGCAAAUGGUCGGUCGAGCCGGGCGUGCCGGAUUUGGUUCCGAAUGUGGAGAAAGUAUACUAAUAUGUUCGAAAAAAGACAUCUCCGCAGUUUGUAAUCUACUUUGCUCCCCGAUGGACGAAGCGAACUCCUCACUUCACGUUGAUGGUUUUGCCCAUCUGAAGAAUCUGAUCCUCAGCGCAAUCGGUUUGGGUAUAUGUUCAACCCGAAACGAUAUCCAGAGUUUUGUGUCCAAAACUCUGUUAGCCAUCCAGGCGGAUCGCUUAGAAAUCGACCUACCUACGGUUACAGAUGUAGCGAUUACUAAUUUGUAUAAAGAAAACGCCAUCAAGGCGAAAAGUGAUGCUUGUUUACGGAAUCCCGCGAAUAUGACUAUUCAGAUCGACACUGCGGAUACGAGUCAAGCUGAUACCGUUACACAGAAUAGACGUAACGGUCUUCGUGAGCUGGAGGUUUAUCGAGAAAGUGAAAGUUCUGUGCCAGGUGGCAAACUCGUGAAAUCUUUAAAAAAGAAUGCAAGACUAGAAGUGAAUCUGCUGGGCAAAGCGGCAAUCCGGUCAGGAUUCCAUAUGGAACGAGCAGCUCGGGCAUAUGAUGAGCUCAAACGUGUUGGUGAAAAACUCAAUGUGACUGAUGAACUGCACCUUCUGUAUGUGAUAGUGAUGGAAGAUGGAGGGGAAAUACGGCCGAAGGAAGACGACUUCAUUUUAUUUUUCAACAAACUAACACCCGAAGAUACACGAAUAGCCAAAAGGUUUGAAAUCAAUGACUACACGAUAUCUAAGAUCCUCGGACGACGUCUGGUUCAGGAAGACAUGACCAUGCUGCGGCGGUUCUAUCGGACACUGAUCGUGUAUGACUUGUGGAACCUUAAGCCCCCGCAGGAGGUGGCUAUCAGAUUCGGCGUUGACGCCGGGUCCGUGCAAACCCUGAUGAACAAUGCUGCCUCGACGGCGUCCAGUUUGCAGCGACUUUGCGAGCAGCUUCCCGAGUUGUGGGCGUACGAUCUGCUGCUGAAGCGUAUGGUGCAAAGGUUGGCGCAUUGCUGCACGGCCGAGUUGAUCCCGCUGAUGGAGCUGCCGGCGGUGAAAAUCGGACGCGCACGUCAGCUGUAUCGUGCCGGGUACACCUCCUUGUCUUCCAUUGCCAAAGCGAAGGCAAGUGAUCUGGUGGGUGCAAUUGAACACAUGAGUUUUCGUACUGCAAUUCAGCUGAUUUUGACCGCAAAGGCCAAACUGAUGGAGGAGUUUGAAGAACUUCGGGAUAGGAUGGACGAAUAUCUCUAUCUUAAUCAUAAAUAGAUGCAUCUAUCUGGAUAGUGUGGGUUGGUGCAAUUUAGCUUUA